GGGGGACGUCAGCGCUGCCAGCGUGGAAACCCGCCGCCGGCCGCAGGAGGCGGAAGUAGUGCCGGCUACCUCGGGACCACCGCCGGACUCCGUCGGCCGCCUCAGCCAUGGACGCGUCCCUGGAGAAGAUAGCAGACCCUACAUUAGCUGAAAUGGGAAAAAAUUUGAAGGAGGCGAUGAGGAUGCUGGAAAACAGUCACAGAAGGGCAGAGGAAGAAAAUGGAAAGAAACGCGUAUUGGAGGAUAUUCCAGGACCACUCCAGGGCAGCGGACAAGAUAUGGUGAGCAUCCUCCAGUUAGUUCAGAAUCUCAUGCAUGGAGAAGAUGACGAGGAGCCCCAGAGCACCCGAAUCCAUAAUAUUGGAGAACAAGGUCACAUGGCUUUGUUGGGUCAUAGUCUGGGAGCUUAUAUUUCAACUCUGGACAAAGAUAAGCUGAGAAAACUUACAACGAGGAUACUUUCUGAUACUACACUAUGGCUGUGCAGGAUCUUCAGGUAUGAGAAUGGCUGUGCUUAUUUCCAUGAAGAAGAGAGAGAAGGACUUGCCAAGAUCUGCAGGCUUGCUAUUCAUUCUCGUUAUGAAGACUUUGUAGUCGACGGCUUCAACGUGCUACAUAACAAAAAACCCGUUAUAUAUCUUAGUGCUGCUGCUAGACCUGGCCUGGGCCAGUACCUUUGUAAUCAGCUUGGCUUGCCCUUCCCCAGCUUGUGUCGUGUGCCCUGUAACACUAUGUUUGGAUCCCAGCAUCAGAUGGAUGUUGCCUUUCUGGAGAAACUGAUUAAAGAUGAUCUAGAACGAGGAAGACUGCCCUUGUUGCUUGUUGCAAAUGCUGGAACUGCGGCAGUUGGACACACAGACAAGAUUGGACGCUUGAAAGAGCUCUGUGAGCAGUAUGGCAUAUGGCUUCAUGUGGAAGGUGUCAAUCUGGCAACAUUGGCUCUAGGUUAUGUCUCCUCAUCUGUGCUGGCUGCAACCAAAUGUGACAGCAUGACGCUGACCCCUGGCCCGUGGCUGGGUUUGCCAGCUGUUCCAGCAGUGACACUCUACAAACAUGAUGAUCCUGCCUUGACAUUAGUUGCUGGUCUUACAUCAAAUAAACCAGCAGACAAACUGCGUGCCCUGCCUCUGUGGUUGUCCUUACAGUACUUGGGACUUGAUGGGAUUGUGGAGAGGCUAAAGCAUGGCUGUCAGCUGAGUCAAAGAUUGCAAGAAAGUUUGAAGAAAGUGAACCACAUCAAAAUCUUGGUGGAAGAUGAGCUCAGCUCUCCAGUAGUGGUGUUCAAAUUUUUCCAGGAAUUAUCAGGCUCUGAUCCAGUGUUGAAAGCUGUCCCUGUGCCCAAUGUGGUACCUGCAGCAGUUGGUCGGGAGAGACAUUCUUGUGAUGCAUUGAACCGUUGGCUGGGAGAACAGUUGAAACAGCUGGUGCCUGCAAGUGGUCUCACUGUAAUGGAUCUGGAAGUCGAGGGGACGUGCAUACGCUUCAGUCCUCUGAUGACAGCAGCAGUGUUAGGAACUCGAGCAGAGGAUGUGGAUCAGCUUGUCACUUGCAUCCAAAGCAAACUGCCCGUCCUGACCUGCACACUACACCUGCGUGAAGAGUUCAAGCAGGAGGUGGAGGGGACGGCAGGCCUGCUGUAUGUCGAUGACCCCAACUGGCCUGGAAUAGGGGUUGUCAGGUAUGAACAUGCUAAUGAUGAUGACAGCAGUUUGAAAUCAGAUCCAGAAGGGGAAAAAAUCCAUGCUGGACUCCUGAAAAAGUUAAAUGAACUGGAAUCUGACCUUACAUUUAAAAUGGGUCCCGAGUACAAAAGCAUGAAGAGCUGCAUCUACAUCGGCAUGGCAAGUGACGAUGUCGAUGUUUCUGAGCUAGUGGAGACCAUUAUAGUCACAGCCCGGGAAAUUGAGGAAAACUCAAGGCUUCUGGAGAACAUGACUGAAGUCGUUCGGAAGGGGAUUCAGGAAGCGCAAGUUCAGUUGCAGAAGGCCAAUGAGGAACGACUUCUGGAAGAGGGAGUACUGAGGCAGAUCCCUGUAGUAGGAUCCGUGCUGAAUUGGUUUUCUCCAGUCCAAGCUUCACAGAAGGGAAGAAGUUUUAACCUAACAGCAGGCUCACUGGAGUCCACGGAACACACAUAUGUCUACAAAGUACAAGGGACAGGAGUGACACCGCCUCCCACGCCCUCAGGCCCUCACAGCAAGCAGAGGCUUCCAGGCCAGAAGCCCUUUAAAAGAUCCCUGCGAGGCUCAGAUGCUGUGAGCGAGACCAGCUCAGUGAGCCACACUGAAGACCUGGAGAAGGUGCAGCAACUGCCCAGUGGGCCAGAGCACACCAGUAUAGAGGCCCCUGCCCCUCAGGACAGCCACCCCGAGGCCCCACAGAACAAGGCCCAGCACCCAGAAGAUGCCCAUCCACAGGUGGAAGAGCCGGUGAACUUGAGAUAAAGCUCAGUGAUGGCUGGAGACUGCCCACUGCUGUUUCAGGGAAGAUGGAGUCAUAGUGAAAAUGUGAACCUGAACCGUGCCACAGGAAUGACUUAAUUGUGCUGAACUAAGAUUUUUGCACCAGUCUGUACCUGAAAACCAGGUUUUCUAGGAGGCAAUCGAUUAGUAUACAUGUAAGUAGAACAAGCAACAGUUGUUGUCUCUGACCUGCCUAACUGUAAGCAUCCCAUUUCCCUGUUGCUAGAAACACUUUCUGUUCAGAGAACAUGGAUAUCAAGCACCUGCCACUAGAAACCCUUGCGUCAUCUUUCUGAAGUGAGCCUCAGUGGACAGAUUGCACAUAGAGACGUGAUGGUAAACAGCUUUGCCAAGACUCUUCCAGGUUCUCCUACGGGCUUGUCUGUGUUAGUCAAGUUGUGGUAGGUACCAAGGGAUGGAUUCAGUGGGACCAUAACAUCAGAAGCCCUCUCCUGGCACCCCCAACUGCUGCUUUUCUGGAGAUUAAGUAAGGACCGUGUCCACUCCAGCUGGGACAGGGCUUCUGUCUAGUACUGUCCUCUGCCACUUAUCUCUUCUCCCUUUAUAAACUUUGUAAACUAAGUUAAGCACUAAUCGGUUAAGAGUAACUGUAAAAUCUCUUCCUGACCAUAUAUGUCUAUUUUUAAAUACCGGUAAAGCUUUUUAAUGGGCACCCAAGUGCACACUGCUCAUUUGUUUAUAUCUGGAAGCUCCCUGGAGGCUGACAUAGCACCUAAUGGCAUUCUGCCAUGCCGCAGCACUGGUAAAGACUGGAAUAAGCAGGCCAUCGUCGUACCUCUCACCAGAGUGGCCACUGGUCUCUUCCCCUGCAGCUCACCCUGAGCCUCCUGGGAACGAGAGCCAGAGAAGUUGCCUCUUCCAGGCUGACAAGCCAGCGUGCUGCCGAGGUUACUAGAAGUAAGCUCCUAAUUCCUGCUCAUUUCUGCUUCCCCAGAGUAUUGCUUCCUGUGUCCUAAAAAUGGGUCCCUGUGCCUUUCUAGUCCUACCAAGUCAAGCAAUGGGAGAUCCUGAGGGAGUGGGGACUUCACACUGGGGUUGUGGCCUGUAGUGUUGGAAGCCUUAGUUAUAUCACAUUAAGCCUAUAAUUACACUGAUUUCAUGUGAUUGCAUUUUGACAAGUGGCAAAUGUCAACAAUUUUUCCUCUUUUUUUUUUUUUUUGGUACAAAUGAUUAAACAUGGUCUUCCCUGUUUAUUUGGUGCAAUGAAGUAUAGCAUAUAACAUGGGGAUGGGUAAAUUAUCACCUUUAACAAGAUUAAUUUUUAAAUGUUUUUAUAUAUUUGGAAUUGUUUAAUUGGUUUUGCUGCAACAGAAUUUUACCCUUGAGAUACUAUUUGAAUGUUGGUUUGAAUAAAGGUUCUUGAAAUUGUUA